AUGACAACUGCGUGUCGUGGCAGCAUGUUCGUUUUGGUGAACGUCGACAAGCAUCGCGAUGUGAUGGGCGAUAUUGUCAAACAAUUGGUGAGGGUUUUUACAAAAAUCGAUCAAGACUUUAUACAAAUUGUAUGGCAAUGAUCUAUGUGCAAAGACGUUUGAAAAUUUCAAGUAUCUUGAAAGUAUAGAACAGCACCACAAUACCGUUCAUUCAAGACGAUAUAUCUCGACGGCCUAUAAAGAUAUCAAAAAGUUGUCAACUGAUAAAUUGUUCAUCAAAAUCUUGUCUACAUUUUAUUAGUUGAUCACUUUCUCAUAUCUCAACAGACAGCUGAGAUACAUAGGUUUUAGUAUUGGGAACAGUUAAAGUGCCGGUCUUAAUAAGACUAACUCAUUAAUUCCAGGUGACCGACUACGGAGUGCCCGUCUCGAUCGUCGACAACGUGCAGAAGAUCUGUCCAAAGUGUUCUGCGCCAUCAGCGGAGCCGGAUUGCUCCAGCUCCUCCAGCUCGACGACCUCCACCUCCUCCAGCUCGACGACGACAAACACGACGACAACCUCGAACUUCCUCCACAACUCGUCCUCCUCUUCCGACGAGUUCAACAACUCGCCCGACGAGCCGUUGACUCCACGGGCGGCUCCGAACAGUUUUGCGAAUAUGGUGGUGAAGUCGGCGCCGAGACGAGACGAGGAACACGAGCCGGAAGCGAAGAGGUCUCGGAUGGAGCCGCCCGCCGAGAAAAUGUUCAUUCAGAAGACGAUCAAGGAGGAAAUCGUGCUCGGAGCAUCGGGCGCCGAGAUCGAUUCGAACGAGGUGCUGGGAAACGUGUUGGCUGCUCUCCAGAAUGGGUCAGUGUUUUUUAAAUGUUUUCAAAAGAUUCUUAGUUUAGGAAAAUAGUGUUGUCAAUAGUGGCUAAAGACUAAAGUUGUUGCCUGAAAGGGGUAAUGCUCAGAAAAACGGCUAUAACUCAAUAGUAAAACAUUUUGGUAUAAAAUGUUCAACUACAAAGUUGUGCGGCAUAAAAUUUACAACAAAUUUUCUGUUGAUUACUAUUUGAAAUAAUUAUUGUAUCUCGAGAUAUAGGUGUCCAAAGAUAAGGUACCGUUCUUGUAACUAUUAGUCAGCAAAACGUCUAUAACUUUGGAAUAAAGCGUUUUCAAAUAAAACCGUCAAUUACAAAGUUGUUCAGCAUAAAAUUUCCAACAAUUUGCAGUUGACAACUUUUUGAAAUAAACAAUAGCUCUCAAGUUAUACACUGUCAAACUUUCAGAUCUCACAUGCACACGGAUUUCACCGGAAGAGCGACCGGAUCGGCGGGCAGUAGCGAUGACGGAAACUCCAACUCGAGCCACAUUUACGAUGACGAGGAUAUGGUCAGUCUACACCUUUUUUUCUGACCCUACAAUAUUCGCUUUCAGAGAACCGCUCCAUGGGCGAGUCCGGACUUUCUCACCAACUUCAUCACCUCUCAACCGGACAUUUUCGCGAAUGGCGCCUCGAAUUUAUCGAAAAUUGUAACAUUUCCAUCAUAUUUUUGUACGGCAAAAACCUUCAAAACGUUUGCAGAUGAAACCGUCCUCGAAUUGCUCCACUUCUAGCGGUUCGAACAAGAGAGGCGUUCCGCCAAUGUGUAAGUUUUUCGAACAAAACUGAACACUUCCAAAAACCGAACAAUUUCAGUGACAGUGAACGGAAAGACGAGACGUGGCCGCAUUGUUUAUACUCCAAACGAGUUGGUUAGUGAUUCUGGCGGGAAAAUAGUCCUAAAUGUGGUCUUCGAUGAUCCAGGAUCUGUUGAUUAUGUCCUAAAAGUGCCUCAGAUAGCCUAUGACUCAUUAUGGUGCCCUAGAAAUGUCAUUGUAACCUCAAAAAUGUUCCAGAUGGCCUAGAAACCUCCCAGAAACCACCAGACAGCCUAGAAAUCCCUUAAGCGGCCUAGAAAUCCCUUAAGCGGCCUAGAAAUCCCUUAAGCGGCCUAGAAAUUCCCAAAAUGGCAUAGAAAUCCCCUAAAUGGCCUAGAAAUCCCCUAGACGGCCAAGAAAUCCCCUAGACGGCCUAGAAAUCCCCUAGACGGCCUAGAAAUCCCCUAGACGGCCUAGAAAUCCCCUAGACGGCCUAGAAAUCCCCUAGACGGCCUAGAAAUCCCCAAGACGGCCUAGAAAUUCUCAAAAUGGCAUAGAAAUCCCCUAGAUGGCUUAGAACCAUUCUAGAGGGCCUAAAAAUGUUCCUACUGGCCUAGAAAUCUCCAGGAUGGCCCAGAAAUCUGCUAUACAGUCUAGGAAUCCCCUAGAUGGCCUAGAAAUCCGCCUGGACAGCCUAGAAACCCCUCUGAUGGUCCUGAAAUCCCUAAAAGGCUCAUAGAACCUGAACACCUUGUUUGUUUUUCCAGACCAUUCUCGAAAAGUACUACGAAAAGGAUCCGAACGCGUGCGCGGACCCGCACAAACGCGAGAUGAUGUGCAAAACGCUCGAGAUUGACUAUCAUCGAGUGAGUAGCGACGCGUGUCGACGCCACGCCCCGACUUUCCUAGUUUUCAGCUCAAAGUGUGGUUCCAAAAUCGGCGACGAAAGGACAAGGUGCGAUCGCAAGAAGAGGCGGCGGCCAGUGGCACCAACGACUAUUACGAGUGCCAUAUGUGA